CAGUACAGUUCGUUCAAAGUUGUAACCUUUAUUUAUUUAUUUUUAACCUAAAUUCUCCAUCUUUCAUCAAUUAAGUUCCAUUUUUUUUUAAUUCUCUGUAAAUAGAAAGAUUCAAUUCAAUCAAAAUGAUGCAUAUGACCUUUUACUGGAGCCGGCAGGUAACUCUCCUCUUCAGCUCAUGGCGGACCGAUUCAUGGCCGAGUUACGCGUUGACUCUUCUCGCUUGUGUUUUGGCUUCCGUUUUUUACCAGUAUUUGGAGCAAGUAAGGUACCGUGUAAGGCGAUCUAGGAAGCCGGCGGGAGAACCGUUAUUGUCGCAGCCGAAUCGAGCCGCAGGUAAGUGGUCGGCGAAGAAGAUCGCCGGUGGGUUACUAUUUGGGUUGAAUUCGGGUUUGGGUUAUUUGUUGAUGCUGGCGGUUAUGUCGUUCAACGGAGGCGUGUUUUUGGCGAUCGUGUUGGGGUUAACGAUUGGGUUUUUGUGGUUGAGGAGUGAGGAUGAAGAUGAAAUUGCUGGUGUUAAUAGCACAUGUGCUUGUGCUUGAUGGAAAUUGAUUGAUGAUUUGAGUUUUUUAUUUGUUGUUUUCGGGGUUUGGGAAUUCAGGGAUUGAAUUUGAUGAUUGUAUGUGUUUAUAUGGAAACCACUGUAAUUGUUUCAAGCAUUAUUCUGGGUUUUUCUUGAAA